AAUAGUGAAACAACAGUCACUCUCGUUUUCCUUCUUUUUUAAGCGGGUCGUGGUCAACCCAAGUUCAAUUUCCAUAAACCCAUUGCAUCAUAUGGCGAAACGUACAGUUGCUGACGUCGUCGUCGUUCUCAGUGACAGUGACGACGAACACAACGGAGUAGUACUACGACGAGGAGGAGCAUUUCGGAGCAGAUCGGCGUCACUGAUGGAGAAUCGGCAAGUUAGAAGUGCGAUCGUCGACGCGACGGCGACUCCUCGAGAAACCCUAGAAUGCCGGAGCUUCUGGAAAGCGGGAGAAAACUUUGUGAUCCCGAAGGCUGUUACUCCUACAGCUCCAGGUAUGGUUGAGCAUGCUCGUGUUCAUCCCAAGUUCCUUCACUCUAAUGCCACGUCACACAAAUGGGCCUUUGGAGCAAUCGCAGAGCUACUUGAUAAUGCUGUUGACGAGAUACAGAACGGUGCUACUUUUGUCAAGAUCGAUAAGGUUGAUAUUGCCAAAGAUAACUCACCAGCUUUAGUUUUCCAAGAUGAUGGAGCCGGGAUGGAUCCUGAUGGGAUUAGAAAAUGUAUGAGCUUAGGCUACUCAUCAAAGAAGUCUAACACAACGAUUGGACAGUAUGGAAAUGGUUUCAAGACAAGUACCAUGAGACUCGGAGCUGAUGCCAUCGUUUUUACUCGCUCAACUCGUGGAGGCAAAUCAACCCAGAGCAUCGGCCUUCUGUCUUACACGUUCCUUAGGCGAACUGGUCAGGAUGAUGUGAUUGUUCCUAUGAUUGAUAUUGAUAUAUCCAGCGAUCUGCCCCAACCAAUUAUUUAUGGCACUCCCGAAGAUUGGUCUACCAACCUUAACAUUCUUCUCAAGUGGUCUCCGUUUUCAACAGAGGAUGAACUUUUGCAGCAGUUCGAGGAUAUUGGAACACAUGGAACAAAAGUAAUGAUAUACAACUUGUGGCUUAAUGAUGAAGGAAUAUAUGAGCUGAGUUUUGACGAGGAAGAUGAGGACAUACGGCUCCGAGAUCAAAAUGCCCUCGACAGGAAACGGGUUUACGGUACUGUGACAUUAGAACUAAGAUCUCAUAUUUCUUACCGCUUUCGACAUUCUCUAAAGGCUUACAUAUCCAUGUUGUAUCUCAAAAAGUUCAAAAACUUCAAAAUUAUGCUUCGGGGAAUCCCUGUGGAGCAAUUCAACAUUGCUGAUGAACUUAGAUAUCCUGAGACUAUAAUGUACAAACCCCAUGCAGCUGCAGUGGACUAUGCUGCCACUGAAAUUAAAGUUGGAUUCGUCAAGGAGGCACCUAAACUUCCAGUAUGUGGUUUCAAUGUCUAUCACAAAAACCGUCUCAUCAUGCCUUUCUGGAAAGUCACACUGGGCGGUUCGUGUAACGGAAACGGUGUUGUCGGAGUUCUUGAAGCAAACUUCAUAGAACCUGCUCACGAUAAGCAAGAUUUUGAGAGGUCUUCUCUAUUCCAGCGGCUAGAGGCGAGGUUGAGAAGGAUUAUCCUGGAUUACUGGAAAAGCCGCAGCGAGGCUGUUGGAUACCAUCCUCACUUCCGUGCACCUAAGUCGAGGAGGACAGCAACACCUGAUCAACCGCCUAGUGACGAUACAUUCAACCCUUCACCUUUGCCUUCUGAUAAAAUUAGUCAAGGUGGUCCGGUAAUACGUGAAAUCAGUCUUAGUAAAGGCACUUCUAGCCGUACAGUUGCUCUUCCACCGCCACAUAUGAGAAAUUUCACGGGUGUAAGAAGUAACUUCCAACCCGUGCAGCCUAACCAUCAACCUGUGCAGCCUAACCAUCAACCUCUGCAGCUUAAUCCUCAACCUGCAGCUACCGAAUCUGGAGACAACCUCGGUGGCAAGUCAGCAUAUAAGCUAAGCGAGGAGAACAUACAACUGUUCAUGGAGUGCGAGGAAUAUGCAAAGAAAGAGACUGAAAUGGAACAGACGGUAAGAAACUUAGAGAAGGAACUGGAAGAAGCGAAAAGUAAAUGUGCACUACUUGCUCUGCUUGUCAAUGCUAAGAAGAUGGAGAUUGAACAAGUUUAGAUAACACGUUAACACUCUCUACUCUCUAGAAUCUGAAGAAACCCAACUUUUAUUUAGAUCUUUUGGUAUGUUAAUAUGUUGUGCACGCUCCCAGCAACAAUAAGACCGAUAGCUGGGAAAUAGGCUUUUUAACGUUGUUGGACUAUAUGGCCCAUAUGCUUAUCUACACGAUAAAGGCUUGACUUGUUGUGGUUAAA